AUGUUCACAUUCAGCACAUCCUUUCCAAAUUCUGUGCCGCGGUGGUCGUGUGAAGAGGCCAAGACGGAAGAUAUGUGCCAGCAAUGGACAAUCGAGAUUCCUGAAACGGUCACAAAGCACAUGCAGGCGCCCCUGCAUUGGAUGAAGGAGUUGGACGGACAGAGAGUAGCAUGCAUCUCGUGGUUCUGCUCCAGACGACUCCAUUCCCCCACAAAUAGCGUCCGAAGAUACCGCUGCGCCAGUCACCCUCCCGUCUGGGACCUCGGCGUUGGCAUGAUAAUCACAGGGGCCAUCAAGAAUUCGUUGGAGGAGGGAAAGGAAAAACAAAAAGCCAGUGGCCUCGUACAUUCAUCCAUCCUGAGUGAGAGCGGAAUUUCUGGAGUGGGUGAGAUGAAUGUGUGA